AGAUGGUAGAAAAGGCCUUGCUUAAGAAGCCUGGAGGAGAGGUUAUUCUUGAAGAGUACAAGUCAGAAAAUUCACUAAUGCACCGCACUCGGAGACAGCUUGUUAAUUGGCGAGUGAUAUGACUGAGAGACAUGGCAGGUUUCCUUCCCGUCAGCAGAAGGAGAAGUAUGCCCUGGGAAUUAUUACUCUCUUUCCCUCACUGAAGGAUCCUUUUUCUCCAAAUGGCUAUGAGCAUUUCUAUGAUGGGGAAAAGGGCACUGGAUAUUUAGCAUGGCGCCUCAAAACCAUUUCCAGGACUGCAGGAAAACGGCCAGUCAAGGAAGCCUCGGUGUAUCAACCACAAGGACCAAAGCGCCGAAGAUCAGCAACCACACUGCCUGAGCAACUAGAUGGAGAUGCCUGCAGGGAGGCCAUUUCAUUUCUUGUUCACUCUCCUGAUGAAGCAAGUGUAUUUCAGAAGAUGAUGACAUUUCAACAUCGUCAGGACCUAGUGCAUGACCCACAAAGAAGCACAGAUGUCUUCAAAACAUUUCCACGCUUUUUGGAUGUUAAAGGACUGGUGAAUCAAGAGUUCCUGCUGCUGUUUGGUGCUGAAAUGGCCUCCAAGAUGCUUGAGAAGGGGGACACCUCAUUCAAGCCCAAGGUCAUCAGAGAGGCCAAACAACUGACUCAGACAAAUGAGCUGUGCCGACUUCUAAAAGCUGCUGAGAAACUCACAGAGAACGAUGAAAUGAACUGGGACAGUGACAUCGCUUCUAUGCUGCUGCUUCUCUAUCUCUUGCCACCCUCAGCUGGACGGAAGAGGACCAAAAUAAGUCCAAGUGAUGCAGUGGACAAAAUGUCAUGCUGCAGCAUCAAUGAAUAUAUGCAGGAAAGAGAGGGUAAACAACCGUACAUCCUUGCAGUUGGCCGAACCCAGAAGAAGAUUGAUGCCUUCUACAUCGCCGUUGACAAACAGCUCAUCCCCUGCCAAGCCACCAGCUCAUUGGGUGCUUUUGAUGAACUGUUUAAAUCCCACUACGUCUUUAACUUAUCUUAUGAUGAGUCCCUGGUCCAUUUCUACACUUUUCUGCAGACAACGGUCUACAACAUUGAUGUUACCACAACAGAUGAGUCUCCAAGAGUUCACAAUGUCAUCCGUCUCCACCAGCUAUGACAGAAAAUACUUGCAAACAGGCAAGUGUUCAACAACAUAAACCAUGUGAGCAUCACCACCAUCAGACGCAUCUUGGGAAAACACAACAUCACCAUGAAGCAGCUCUACAGGGUCCCAUUUGAGAGGAACAGUGUCAGGGUCAAAGGACUUCCAGCUGAAUAUGUACGGGUAAGUGUAACUGUCCUUUACAUUUACAAUACAGUGUUGGUGAAAUCCAGUAGCAGCUGAAUAUGUACCAUAUCAGUACCACAUGGAUCCAUUCGGAGAGCUACACAGGUACCUGUGUGAUGGGGUGAGGGUUCUGAAUGUGUAGCACUGUAGUUUUUGUUACAGAGAAUCUUGGUCAUGGAUGGAGCAGCACAGCCUCAUGAAUUCAUUUUCAUUGAUGAAACUGGAUUCGACCUGAGCAAAACAAGAUGACGGGGUCGUAAUGUAAUUGGCCAAAGGGCAAUUGUGCAUGUCCCGGGGCAGCGCGGGGGAAAUAUCACAUUGUGUGCCGCCAUAAGCCUUCGAGGGCUUCUGCAUUAUCAUGCAAAACUAGGUCCAUACAAUAGCCAACAUAUACUCACAUUAUUAGACGCUCUCCAUAAUAUAGUUGUACAGAACAGACCAGAUCAGGUUUGUGGUGUAUGGGAUAAUGUCAGUUUCCAUCGGGCUGCUCUGGUCCAGGCCUGGUUCACCAACAAUUUGAAGUGGUAUACUUGCCCCCUUACUCACCAUUUUUAAACCCUAUAGAGCCACGGUUGUCAAACAGGGGUACGUGGACUGAUUUCAGGGGGUACGCGAAAAAAGAUCUAAGGGACUGUUCGUUUUUUUAUUUAAGGGGCUACCGGAGGAGUUUUGAGAUCUGUAGUCAAAAAAGACUUGACCCUCCCUUCGCCAGCAAUAAUUUUUUCUAUAACCCUCCAAAAUGAUUGUGAAAAAAGGCAUGACCCUCCCCGAUAAUUUCUUCUGUACUGGUUUGCGCUUGGCAAAGAUGUUCAGAUAGCCAUUGUAUGUUUUUUUUACAACCAAACGACUAAACUCCUGCUUUGUCAUCUUACUAGGGCUGUAACGAUAGACCAAACCUACAAUUCGGUUCGUAUCACGAUUUUUGAUUUUAGAUUUGAAAAAAAUCAUGUUUUCGGUGCUGAUGCAGUGGUGACGCGUUCAUGUAACAUGCAAGGGUGGCGCUGCCAAUAAAAAAUCUAAAAGCUGCCACAAAGAACCGGCAAAAGUAAUGAUUAUGAAUGUCAAAUAUAGCAAGGAGACAUUUUAAUUGUUUAUUAAUAAACAAGUGUUUGUCAGUGUCGGCUGCAAAGAUGAUCGUUAUGGACGUGAUAUUUGCAGUCAAAACUUGAAAUAUAAAUUCUCAGAAAAUGCAUUUAAUACUGAAACGUCUGUUUAUAUAUCCAUACUCCCUUAAUAAAGCUCCAGACAUUAGAAAAAUAUCAGUCUACACAUGCGUUUUAUAUUUAGGCUAAUAUGAGGGAAAUACACAUGUGACGUGACACAAAAAAUCUUUAACUUUUAGGUGGCAAAAUAUGUUUUAGUAAUUCUAUGAACUACACAGCGCAAAACAAAAGUAAUACUACCCACUGGAUGAGGGUCGGCCUCCACAGAGCUUAAAAUAUUAUUUUUAUUUAAUUUUUCAUGUUCGCAUUUAUGAGGAAAAAAACAAUGUUACGGACGUGACAGUUCUCCGUUACGGACAUGACCGCUCUGAAAGUGACUUUAAAACUUUCACAGAGACCUCAAACAGAAAGCACAAAGCCUUUCUUUAAAGUGAAUUUCGUUUUUUAUUAAUUGUAUCUUAAUUUUAAUCAAUGUUUCAUCAACCAAUUGCCUGGAUUUAAUAAAUAAGAAGUAAAUAUAAAAUAGAUCAUCAUGACACGGAGGCGCCGGCGCGUGAACUGGACUCUCGUCUAAUAAAUGAACCGAAACACAGCGUAUAAGGUACUUGCCUCACAGGCCUGAGAAAUAUAUAGAAAACUUGAAAUGUCUACUUUUUAACAGAACAAUUCAAAACGAAAGAAAUCAGACUCUCUGCUUAUGUAAUCCGUAAAUGUGCUUUUCUCUCUCUGACGCAUUCACUAUCGCGAGUCAACAUCGCCAACUUCAUUGCCCAAUUUUAAAGAAUUUAUCCUCAACUAGUUUUUUGCCGUAGGUCUACGUAUUUUAUUAUAUUAACUUCUACUAAUAGUAAUUAAAAAAUGUGGUAGCCCUACAUUUAACACAUCACACUCCACUGUUAUGGUGGCAAUUUCAGUAAAUUUACUCACUAACAUUGUUGUGGAAACACAAUAAGAAUGGAAACUAAAAUAUGGUAGUAUCGUGCUACAGCGCACAUUCUAUCAGCUACAGUUCUGGGUCCUCAGUCCCAAUACUAUAAAACUCGACGUAGCCUACGUUCACUUCACAUGUUAAUGCAGCGGUAGAGUUACACUCACAUGACACUGCACUUAUUCGCAAUCACAAAAGUUCAUUAUUUGCUCGUGCUUUAAAGCUUUUCCGGGUAAACAUUUCAUUGGUGUUCUGUUCUGACAUGAUCGCACUUUCUCUAUUAACAAAAUAUUCGAGAGUGGAGACAGAGGGUAAAAAUAGAGCUUUUAUGAUGAUCUUUGCAAUGAUCUUUGCAGCCUGCUGCAGUGCUGAUUACAGCUCUGCGUCAUAAUAAACGUUGCUAUGACGACAGAUAUAUACUGUCGCGCGCAAAACCGAGCGAUUAAGACGUUGAUGCCAUUUGCUACAACGUAUUUAUGUGAGACUGGAUUCUCAGCUUUGGUCUGCCUUAAGACCAAGUAGGUACAGACUGUUUGUGGAAAAUGAUCUAAGACUGAAACUGUCCCCAAUUCGGCCUAACAUCGCUGCAUUAUGUAAGAACAUCCAGGCACAUCCCUCACAUUGAUUAAACUGGUGAUGUGGAUGGAGAGGUCUAUUCUGUGUGGUUUACUACAAUUUAGUUUACUGUUUACUAUUUAGUUUACUAUUACUAUUGUUAAUGUGUUCUCUUUUUUAUUAUUAUUUUACAACAGAGAAGUUAAGAAAAUAUACAACGUUAUCAUAUGUGAAAAGCAAUACUUAUCAGUAUGUAAUAAGUUAACAAAAUCUUUAAUGAGAUUUUGGAUUUGUGUUGUAGGCCUAUUGUGUGUGAGAUUGGGUGCAUAUCCGUUUAAAAUCAUUAUAUUCAGCACAUUUGUAUCAUAUGUUGACUUUUGAUGAGAUUUGUAUCAUAUUUAUCAUCACAGAAGCGAUCUAUCUACAGGAGUCUGCAGUUGUAUGUAAGUGUGUUUAUUUCAUUGUUUUUAACGUUGUUAUAGUGGUAUUCAUUGCUAGAUCAGGUGCUGUUUGUUUACUGUCUGGAACGCGGGUCGCUUAGACGUGUGUUUGGUGUGUGUGCGCUAUAUUUGUGUUAACUUGUCCCAUAGUAUUCGCUGAUAGAAUUGUUAGACUUGUUUAAACUUGUCAUGUAGGAUUCGUUGCUAGAUUUGCUUAGACUUCAGGUUGGUUAUCCUGUGUGUGUGUAAAACUUUCGUCGUUUUAGUGUCUGCAAACAGUGCUUCACUGGUUUCAGAGUAUUAUUUAUUGCUAAGUGCAGCAUAAUUUAUUUGCGCUGUACAGAAGUUGCGUUUGUUCCCGCGCAACCCUGAGUUUCGGUUUCAGGUGACCACGUGACUAGCUUUGUUGUGCUAAGUAGCAUUAAGGCGUGGCUGCUUUUUUCUACUGAACGGCUCGUAAAAGUGGUUAUUUAUUGGACUUAAUACUGACGCGGAAGCGGCAGCGGAAGUGGUGGCCAUCGUGUGAAGACCUACUUGGGUAAAGACCAGCGAGUCUACCUGUGCGAGUCCACCGAGCAAGGACACCGACAAGGCUCCACUCACCAAAGCACUUAAACCGUUCACAAGAUACAGAUGCAAGACAAAACGCAACCCACACAACCUACGGCCGCUUUGCACUUCAACACCUGCUCCACUCUCGUUCUCAGUGGGACUCUGGAACUGCCAGUCUGCUGUGAACAAAGCUGCCUUCAUUCCAGCUUUCGCCAUGCAGUCCACCCUCAGCAUCCUGGCACUGACAGAGACAUGGAUACAUCCUGAGGAUACAGCAACACCUGCUGCUCUCUCCAACUUCUCCUUCUCCCACACCCCUCGACAUACUGGUAGGGGUGGGGGAACAGGUCAGCUGACAAGCUUUUUUGAGGAAUUGGAUGUCCUGCUGUCCUCCUUGCCAGAGGAUGGCAGGCCACUUGUGGUUCUUGGUGAUUUCAACAUACAAACCCCAGGCCAUUGAACUGAAUACUCUUCUGGCCUCAUUUGACUUGGAAAGACUACACACUACAGCAACUCACAGGUCGGGCAACCAGCUGGACCUCAUUUUUACACACCAGCACGGACUACACCACCCAGCCCCUGGCUGUCUGACGUCCUUCGUGAACAUCGGACUGAUCUCAGGGCAGCUGAGAGGAGAUGGCGGAAAUCUAAAGAUCCAGCUGAUCUAGCCCAACGACACCACAGUGACCGUUCGAAUCGCUGCCUGUCUGGCAGACAUCUCGGCCUGGAUGAAGGAACACCACCUUCAACUCAACCCAGCCAAGACCGAACUCCUUGUCUUUCCAGCCAACCCGGCUGUUGAACACAACAUCACAGUGCAGCUGGGUCCAACUACAGUUUCGCCUUCCAAAACGGUCAGAAAUCUAGGGGUAACCAUUGAUGAGCUAAAUUUCACAGACCACAUUUCAAAAACUGCAAGAUCUUGUAGAUUUACACUCUACAAUAUCAGGAAGAUAAGACCCUUCCUCUGUGUACAUGCCACACAACUGCUCGUUCAGUCACUCGUCAUAACUAGACUGGACUACUGUAACGCUCUCAUUGCAGGCCUUCCUGCAUGUGCUAUUAGACCUCUCCAAAUGAUCCAGAAUGCAGCAGCACGUCUGGUCUUUAAUGAACCUAAGAGAACACGUUACACCACUCUUUGUCUCUCUCCACUGGCUGCCGGUUCAUGCACGUUUUAAAUUCAAGGCCCUGAUGCUGCAUACAGAACAGUCACUGGGUCUGCUCCAGCAUACCUAAAACCAUUAAUGCAGAGCUACGUUCCCACCAGAAGCCUGCGGUCGGCUAAGGAACGUCGCCUUGUCGUACCAGAACAAAGAGGCACCAAAACACUUUCCCGGACUUUCAGUUUCAUCAUACCACGGUGGUGGAAUGACCUUCCCAACUCAAUCCGGGAAGCUAACUCACUCUCUAUCUUCAAAAAACGGCUAAAAACACAUCUUUUCCAAAAGCACUUAACCAGUCACUAAAAAAAAUAUAUAUAUAUAGAUAGAUAAAUAUAUAUAUAUAUAUAUAUAUAUAUAUAUUUUUACAUUUCUUGUUGCACUUAAAUCUGUUUUGUGUACUAUUAUGAUGAUAGUGAAACUUUGUAAUAUGGCACUUUUUGUACCACUGUCUCCCUAAGAUGAUUCGCUGAUGUUCUUCCUCUUUUGUAAGUCGCUUUGGAUAAAAGCGUCUGCCAAAUGAAUAAAUGUAAAUGUAAAAUAUUUUUAUGAUUCUAUUCACUAUUCUCGACAAAAUUGAUAAAAAUAAAUAUUAUUAAAUAAAAAAAACCUUGUUGUUAACAAUUGGUGGUGUUGGGGGUACUCCGGAAGAUCUAUAAUGUCUCAGGGGGUACAUGCCUGUUAAAAGUUUGGGAACCACUGCUAUAGAGGAAUUCUUUUCGGCUUGGAGAUGCGUGUAUAUGACCGCCAACCACAUGUCCGCAUGCCUCUUCUGCAGGCAAUGGAACAGGCCUGCGGCGACAUUCAGGUGACCGCAAUCCAUGGUUGGUUUCGACAUGCAAGGGGAUAUUUUCCCCGGUGCCAAGCGGGAGAAGACAUUGCUUGCGAUGUCCUGUGGCCAGACCUCAACAGGCGGUUGAGCCCACGUAUGCACAAUUGUCAUGAUUUUCUGUGUUUACAGUAUAGUGUUUUUUCUAAUAUCAUUUUUUUUUUUUUUUGCUUUAUCUGAAUUCAUGUUACUGCAGUGUACAGUGCUGCAAUGUACAAUAUUGAGUAGGCCUAUUUGCUUUUUUGGUUGUUUGAAAAUGUGCCUCCUGAAAAUAUGCCUUCUGAAUAAACAGUGAAAAUCAAAGACUGCAGUGUUUUAUAUACAGUACACUAGUGUGAUCCCCCUGAUCUGAAAGUGU